ACAAUCCAGAGUAUCCCCAGAGAACUAUUUGUAAAGAAUUCCCAUUUCCACUUCCUUGGCCAACAGGGUAGAGUUCGGAAACCCCGUGCAGCAUCGUACGCAUCGAGCUCGCCGGCCUCGAUGUCGUCACCGCCGCCGGCGAGCGCGGUGCCUUCGACGAACUCCACCGCUCCGGCGACGAACUCCACCUCCCCUCUGCCUCCCCCUCCACCUUCGGCGCCCGCGCCGGCGCCUCCGAACGGGGGAUUGCCGCCGGGGACGCUGGCCGCGCUGAUAGCGGGGAUUGGGAUUGGGGGUCUGAUUGUGCUGGUUGGGGUGGGCAUUUUUGUGGUUUUUUAUCGGAAGAGGAAGAGGAGGAGACUUGAGUUGGGGAGUUACCCGGCACAAGGGCCUAAAGAUGACCCUUCCGCUGGCCCAGCUCAGCCUUUUCAACCUAAUGUUGCUCCAUCAAUUGACAAAGUUACAAAUUGGCCAAAGCCUACUCCUCCGCCACGAAUUUUGUCAAGUUCCCAAGGUCUGACUUCUUCUGAACAAUUCUCAACAACAGAUAUGGGUUCAGGAAGACCUUCAGUACCAAGUCCAGGCAUGGCAUUAGGUCUUUCACAAAGCACAUUCACGUAUGAAGAGCUAAAAAGAGCUGCAGAUGGUUUUUCCAAUCUCAAUCUACUUGGCCAAGGUGGUUUUGGCUAUGUUCAUAAAGGAGUGCUUUCAAGCGGGAAAGUAGUUGCAAUCAAGCAGUUAAAAGCUGGAAGUGGGCAAGGAGAGAGGGAAUUUCAAGCAGAGGUUGAGAUCAUCAGCCGCAUCCAUCAUAGACACCUUGUUUCCCUUGUUGGUUACUGCAUUUCUGGUGCUCAGAGAAUACUUGUAUACGAGUUUGUGCCAAAUAGCACGUUAGAAUUUCAUUUGCAUGGUAAGGAUCGCCCAACUAUGUCUUGGCCUACAAGGAUGAAGAUUGCUUUAGGUUCUGCAAGAGGGUUGGCAUAUUUGCAUGAGGACUGUCAUCCCAAAAUCAUUCACCGCGACAUCAAGGCUUCUAAUAUUCUUCUAGACUUCAAUUUCGAGUCAAAGGUUGCAGAUUUUGGACUUGCAAAGUUAGCUUUUGAUACAGAUACUCAUGUAUCCACUCGAGUAAUGGGUACUUUUGGCUACCUAGCUCCAGAGUAUGCAUCUAGUGGGAAGCUCACUGAGAAAUCGGAUGUCUUUUCUUUUGGUGUUGUGCUCCUAGAGUUGAUAACUGGGCGUCGUCCGGUUGACAAAACUCGACCCUUUGUUGAGGAUAGCAUGGUUGAUUGGGCAAGGCCUUUACUGAUUCAAGCAUUAGAAGAUGGCAAAUUUGAUGCCAUCGUUGAUCUCAAACUGCACAAGGACUACGAUUCCGAGGAAGUGACUCGGAUGAUUGCUUGUGCUGCUGCUUGUGUUCGUCAUUCUGCACGACACCGUCCACGAAUGACACAGGUAGUCCGAGCAUUGGAAGGAAACCUUUCUCUAAGCGAAUUAAAUGAAGGAAUUGUGCCAGGACAUAGCAGAGCCUAUAGUCCUCAUGGAAGCUCUGACUAUGAUUCCAAUCAAUACCAGGAGGACUUAAAGAAAUUCAGGAUGAUAGCCCUGGAAAGCCAAGAACAAGCCACAAGCGAGUUCAGUGGCCCCACUAGUGAGUAUGGCCUUCAGCCAUCCAGCUCAAGCAGUGGGGUUCAACAAACUACCCAAGAGAUGGAGUUGGGGAAAAUGGCAGAGGAUGGUCGUCAUGCUAGCGAAGGCUCUUAAUAUUAAUCCGAAUCGAGAGGCUAGACCCUGCUUCCCCAGUUCCAUUGGGUGUUGGCAAGAUCUGUGCUCUGAUGAGAAACAUGGCUGCAUGUUGUGACUUAUUACUUGUAGAUUGAAAUGGAUUAAAUCUGGGACAGGCAGAAAGUAAAUCAGGUGUCAGUAUGUCUAUGUUGCUGAUUUGAGUCGUAUAGUUUGAUGUAUUCUAAAAAUUGUCAUCGCUGCUGGAGGAAUGUAUAAAACAGGAACGAUGAAACUCAAAUUAGGAGGGAUCUUUUUCUCGUGAUCUUAUAGGAGCAGUGGGUUGCUGUAAUUUUUGGCUCGAAA